AAACCCUGAACUGUGCAUUUUCUGUUUUUGCUGUAAAGAUCUAUUCCAUUUAUUAACAGGUACUGUAUGUGUAACUAGCGUCAGUCAAAAUUUGAACACACUGGUUUAAAAGAUCUCAAAGAUAUGGAGAGAAAUAUAAAUUACUAUCUCUGGUCUCCCCUAAAGGUGGCAGCUCCCUUUCAUUAUGAAUAGAUAGCUUUUUUAUUUUGUAUCUACAUUAGUCAUGCAAACAAAGUUGCAUCUUCAAAUAUACAACUGUGUUUAUAUGUGUAAAAAAACAACAACAUGUAGUAUAAAAACUAAUCUAGACUGUGUUGUUUAUCAGUAGUUUCAAUGCAGGAUGGACCGCUGUUAAUGUUUUUAAAUCUCUUCCAGCAUCUUCAGUUGUAUACAUUGCAGCUGCUGUAAUCAUCGUGCUGUUCAUAUCAUCAUCACUGCUAAUUGUUUUGCUCGUAAAGAAGAGAAAAAAAAUGAAGACAAUCCAGAUAUGUUCCUCUUCAAUUGAUGCAGUUAACAUGCCAGCUGUGCUCCAUAAUGAGCGGAAUGAAGAGACCAUUGAUGAUGACUAUGAAGUUGUAGAUAUGGAUCCUGGAGUGCGUGAAGACUCUGACUCUGAACAGGACUAUGUGAACAUAGACCAGGGUGACUCUGACCCGGACUACGUCAAUGUGGAAACAGACGAAUCAGAACAGGAUUACGUCAAUAUGGAAACGGAUGAUUCAGAACAAGACUACAUCAAUGCAGCCAUUACAGAAAACAUUAUCUAUGAUAGACAAUUACAAUGAAGGCCUAUGGAAGACACAUGAUGAAAUACAUUACAGAUUUUUAUUCUUUCAACAGUAAAGAACGGUCUACUUAUUCACACUUCUGAAGCUAACAGUGAGAAAACGAUUUCAUUAUCACACAGAAGUGCUUCAGACUUUGGAGAGAAGGAGCUGAAAGUUUCCAGAUAAGAACCAGGCACAGUUAGUGGUGAUUGAAUUAAUUAUAUAUUAUAGGCAAUGUCCCAGUAUCAAUAAUUAAUUGUAUGUGAAGAAAACAAGGGCUCAUUGGACACAGCACUAAUAGUAAAUUCAAUAAAAGUUUUUUUUUUAUACAAACUUGUGAACAUCAGUCUCCUUCAGUGAAAAUGGUGGCUUUAGCUAUUAUUUUUAAUUCUUUGCUUAUUGUUUUUAUUAUGAACGUGCAAACAAAAACAAAAAAGGACAAAGACAGGGAUACCAGUGGGCAGAAUGAU